GGCCAAGCGAAGAGCGAAAGAAAAACCCCUCAGCGAGAGACGGAAAUAAAGCCGCGAGAGAUGACACAGGCUGAGAGCCGAGCGAAACGCGAGAGGUGAAUGCCAUGAUGUCCCGCGUGCAGCCGAGUCCAGGCUGCUCGGCCGACACCUUCGUGCGCCUCCGCGGCGAGAGCCAGGACAGCGGCGCCUGGGACUGCCUCCUCCUGGAUACCAAGCGCGUGGCCAAGCAGCGGCGCUGCAGAAGGACCAGCAGCGCCUCGGGAGCAGAGCUUCUCCCGCCCGCCGCCGCCCCCAACCGCUUCUCAACCAUCUCGGAGCCCGGCGCCCUCAGGUUCUCCGAUGAGUUCGACUCGAAGGAGUGCUCUCCGCUGUCGUCGCCGUCGGGAGUGGUGGCGACGCGGCAGGUGGCCGAGAACCUGGUCGCGUUGGGGCCUGGGGCGCUGGGGCCCGACAAGGCCGCGCCGGGGGACAAGGGGCGCGCGCCCAAGACCGGCUGCUUCGGGAGAACCGCCGGCAGGUACAAGGAAUGGUGCCUCAAGUACAGGCACACGCGCAUCAGCAGUAAAAAAUUCCGGAAACGCGUCGUUCAGAAAAGCGGCGAGUGUAAUGUCACGCCCUCCAAUGUGGCCAAGCGCAGGAGACGCUACUUGCAGGAUAUUUUCACUACGCUCGUCGAUGUGCAGUGGCGGUGGACCCUGCUGGUGUUCGCGAUGUCCUUCAUGAUGUCAUGGCUUGUCUUCGCCGUCAUCUGGUACAUCAUCGCCUACACGCACGGAGACCUCGAAGAAGCGAAUCAGAGUGACAAAGGCUGGACCCCUUGCGUGGUGAACAUCUACAGCUUCACGUCCUGCUUCCUGUUCAGCGUUGAGACCCAGCACACCAUCGGCUACGGGUCGCGGCACACCACCGAAUACUGCCCCGAGGCCAUCAUCAUCAUGUGUGUGCAGAGCAUCACGGGGGUCAUGAUACAGGCCUUCAUGGUGGGCAUCGUGUUCGCCAAGCUGUCGCGGCCGAAGAAGCGCACGCAGACGCUGCUCUUCUCCCGCAACGCGUGCCUGUGCCUUCGCGACGGCGAGAUGUGCCUGCUGUUCCGCGUGGGCGACAUGCGGAAGUCGCACAUCAUCGAGGCGCACGUGCGGGCACAGCUGAUCCGCAAGCGGGUGACGCGGGAGGGCGAAGUGCUGCCCUUCUUCCAGUACGAGCUCGACGUGGGCUACGACAUCGGCGAGGACCGCAUCUUCUUCAUCUGGCCCAUGACCAUCGUGCACAAGAUCAACGAGAACUCGCCGCUCUACGACCUGUCGGCGCACGAUCUGCUCAGGGAGAAGUUCGAGAUCGUCGUCAUCCUGGAGGGCGUCAUCGAGUCCACAGGUUCGGAACAGUCCCGGUCUCCUGUCGUGACGCCGUCGCACUUUCCCUCACACUUCACUUCGAUACUUAGUUCUAUAAAGGAAAAUCAGUGUUUCUUUACGGUGUUGCUUAAAACUCUACGGGGAUACGACGCCAGAUUUUACUUAAAAAAGCGCGAGCUCCAAACAGUAAUUGAUUAG